AUGAAUAGUUCUCAAAGUUCUGAUAUUUUCUUAGAAAAUAGCAUUAACUAUGACGAUAACCCCACCGUCGUAAACGAUGAAUCGUACAAACAUUUGUUGGCACGGACCAAAAAGUUUCUUAUGACUGAAAGUAUUAUAAAGGAAGCAACAUUUUCCUUAGAAUUUUCAUCAUCAUUAGAGGAUAGUUAUAAUUGUAUUACACAGUGUUUGGACACAAUAGGUGUACUUUUAGCAGAUGCUGAAAUUAAGAUGGAAAUACUGUGUAUUUACAUGGAAGAUGCAAUUUCCCUGCUGCACAUGCUUUCUAACUUUGUAAAAAAUAUAACCGAAUCUAUAGCAAUGUCUUGUUCAAACUUGAAAACAUUUCCAACAACUAUAGCACAUAUAAUAUUAACAGUUUUUACUCACUGUAAAGACAGUGAAUCCCUAUAUGGAACCCACUUAAAUAAAGUAGAGAAACAACUAAAAGAUCUUUUCCGUACUUGUCAUGAAUUACAACUAACUUAUUUAAUGAUUUUGGAAAAACAUUUUAUAUUUGAUCUGACUGAAAAAGAGCAACAAAAUGUUCUUCUAGAAGCAUUAGAUAUUAACUUGAAGAUAGGUGAGAUUGUUCAAGCACUGGAUGUGAAGACCAUGGCUGAGCAGUGGAAAGCUUAUACUACUAUAUGUGAAAAAUAUUGUAAUAAUCUCUUGGAUAAAAAUAUUUACAACAAAAGUUCUGAGCUUCUAUGUGCAAUGAUUGAAAAUAACAUAACAUCUGCAUUAGAGAAGGAUGAACAAGACAAAAUUGUUUUGCGGUCACUUAAAGUCGCCAGCUUCACCAUCAAAAUAUUAGUGAAAGUAACAAACAUUUUCUCACAUGGAGUGACAAAUAAUUAUGAACAUGUGUUCCAGCUGCUCGUUUACAUUUAUUCGUGUGAUGGUUCUAUCCUUGAGGGAAGGUUGAAUAAGACGCAGCAAUUUAUAAGCCAAGUCAAUAUGCUCCUCUUGGGUCCGACUGGUACUCUAUUGUCGCAAUUGCUGACAAACGAGAGAUUUGUAAGCUGUCUUUCUCAACGUGACCUUAAGAAAAUUGAAGAAGAUAAACAACCUGGAUAUAUUUUUCUCCUAAUAUCCGCUAUAAAGUUCAUUCUGCAAUUUACUCAGGAUCAGUUUUCGGCUGUAGCUAAAUGUGAAAUAAUUGGCUGCGUUUUUAGUAUAGUGCCAUACAGUCAUGUAUGGUUUAAUUUAGGACUAAAAAUUAGAAAUAAAGAGGAAGAAACAUUCGAAUUAGAAGAAUAUUUGCUAACGCACAUGCUAGCAUUGUGUAUGACGUUGAGCUCUGAGGAAUUGUCUGUUGUAGAGCACCAUAUGUUUGAGGCUGUGUUAGGAAAUCAAUGUUGUAGUGCUUUGUUCUCUUCUAGUUUGUGGGUGUUAUUAGCCAGUGUUGGAAGCCGUCAGUACACAAUGGCCACUGUAAGUUUACUUUGUAAAAUGUAUCAGAAGCUAGAAGCAAACGCUUCAUUUCACAACUACCCUCAAAAAAUUCAUUUAGGACACACAAUUAAUCGAUUAUUUGAAAUCUUACCCAAUGAAGACAGAGUUUUGUUUAUGGAACAGUUUAAUAUCUAUGAUAAGCGUUGUUAUAGUCUAUGGAGUGUUUUAAACAUAAAAACGUUACCUGCAAAUGAACGAAUUGCAGUUGAGGAGACUGUGCUACAAAAGCUUUUGUUAAAUUUCAAUAAAUUGGACAUUGCUAACAUUGAUAGUGAAAAAGAUAUGGAAGAAUUAAUUAAAAUUAUGAAACUUUCAUCCACUUGCUCAAUCAUGGAAUUGAAUUCUGCUGUUGAAAAAAAUUUGGUAAAAGCUUGGAUUAAGGUCUGCCCAAAAAAUCUACUUCCACUGCCUACAAACAUUGGUCCAGAGACUCGGUGCUAUUUUGAAUAUGUGGAAGCUCUAAAUUCAUUGACCACACGUGUUAUUGAUCAAUUUUACUAUUUCGAAAAUGUGGUACAGGUGUUUCGCGUCAUAACGAAUUUAAUAUUAAUAGGAAAUAGUGAAAUAUCACUAAUUCUGAUUUCUACAUUUUGCAAAAUAUCACUUUAUCUAUUUGUGGAUGAUAAUGAUAUAUCAAUUGAUUAUAUUAUAAAUGAAACAUUCAAAUAUUUGCUUUUGGAAACCAUGCCCAUUAUAAAACAUUACACAUUUAGUGAAUUAGUUAAAUAUAGGCACCUGAAAAACUUCGACACUUUCGUUUUGAAAAUAAUUAUUAAAUACCCUGACUUGCAAGAGGAAUGGCAUCAUAUGUUAAAUACAAAUAAUAUAAAUCUAAUAGAACGAAAGAAGCAGUCAAUGUUAUACAAUGAUUGUUCAUUUAUUCAUAAGUGCGUAGAAAAUAAAAUUGAGCUUGAAACUUCUAUAAAGGAAACAAAAACACAGACUAAUUUCGAAUUGGACAUAGACACUCUGUUUGACGGUGAAAGUGAUUCAGAAGAACCACCAAGUAAAAAGGCUAAAUUAGACUCUAGUGAAAUGGAAGCAAUAGUAAAAAGACUUGAAUAUGACUCCUUGUUGCUGUCUCGGAUUGAAGACAUUUCUAAUGAAUGUAGAAAACGUAUAAAAGUAGUAUAUGAGCGUUUGGGAAAUACAAUUUUGUGA